UAAGAGCGCUCGACUGCGUGUUGCUACUUCCUGUCUUUGUGGUACCGCGUUUGUUUUCAUUUCUCCUUAAGUCCGCAAAUUGGCGAGGUAACAAGAGUUCCCCGCUAACCACAAUUGAACGGUUUAACUUUGGCGAGGCUUUAAGUUACAGUCUCAAAAGACGAAUGACGUUUAUUCUGCCAUUUGAACACGAGAACUGGCGCGGAGAAAGCUACAGAGGAGUCGUUGCAAUCACCGAGUCUUCCUGCCAGGUGAGCUGCGUGCUCCAGUAGAAACCUGCCAUUGAUGAAAGAAUGGCUUUUACGACCUUCUCAACAAAGCAUAUAGGGAGAAAGAGUCAGACUGAAAGGAUUUGACACACCUCUUCUUUUAUAACUACCUGGGCUUCUUACAAAAUGUCCACCAUUGAGUACACCAUUGAUAUCCAGCUGACAGAAUUGGGGUUUCCCAUCAUCCAUCAGCCCCAAGAGAGCCUCUCGGCAUCACAUCCGAACUCCUUGCCCUCUUGCCACUCGCCUAAUUUGACCCAAAACCCGCACAAAGAAAACCUACUGGUCCUAGACCAGCCGUCGAAGCUAAUUAAUAAAGGCCCAGAGGCGUCGCCAUGUCUGCCAGAGAGUGGACAGGAGGUAAGAGGCACGAGCAGCGAAUUGCCGCCAUUGACGCCCCACCAGGAAGUUGUCCCGUACAAUGAAGACCAAUCACAAACUCAGCAAGACAAUGUGGAGGGGAGUGACUCUGAUGACAGUAAGGUGUCGGUGGUUGACGACGAGGAGGAAGAGGACGACGAGGAGGAAGGCCUUGACGAUGAGUCGGCUAACUCCGGCGACUUUGUCUGCAGUGUCUGUGAUCUCCACCUGCCCUCCGACUUCAAACUCCAAGACCACAUGAACCUGCACACGGGAGUGCGUCCGUACUGCUGCGCUGAAUGCGGCAAGCGCUUCUCGCAGAUCCACAAUUACCGCGCCCACCUGCGCACACACGCGCAGGCCAAAGCGGAAAGUCCACACUGCCGCAUUUGCCUCAGAUCCUUUUUCACGGACAAAGCUUUGAAAGCUCACUUGGGCAGAGCCCACUGGCAGAAUGAGUUCUACGAGUGUGACUUGUGCAAACGUGUCUUCACCUGUCUCACGGAUUGUCAAAAUCACGUGGAGUUGCACAGGAACCCAAAGGAUUUCGUCUGUGAAAAAUGCGGCCGCCACUUCGACACUCCGAAGUCCCUCAAACACCACAUGAUGAAGUCCUGUUACGCCGUCUUUAAAUGCACCGACUGUGCAGAGACCUUCAAAAAGAAAGACGCGCUCCUCAAACACAGCUUCUCCCAUCUCGGCUUGUUGCCGUACACUUGCGUGCGAUGCCAACGCCACUUCCGCCUCGCGAAGCUUUACCGCCAUCACAAGUGCGAACCGGGUCGGGUUCACUGCGUGGCCUGCCUAAGAGAGUUUGGCAGUCAGGAGGAGUUUGAGCAGCACAAGAAGGACACCGGGUGCUGGGGGAAACAGGAGGACAUCGGUGACACCAUCCGCUGCCUGGAAUGCGGCCUCCAUUUUGCCACCAGUGAAGAGCUGAAGAAGCACGCGGGGGCUCACCAGAGAGUCCUUAAAUGUGCCGAAUGCGGGAAGGGGUUCCGCUCUGCCUUGUUGCUCAUGUCCCACAUGGGCGGCCAUGCCGGCAAUUCCCCCUGUCUUUGUAAGAGCUGUGGACUCGGCUUCCCGCAUCAGCACACCUAUGACAGCCACCUGAAGACAUGUCAGAAAUCGCCUCAGCCUUCCAACCCCACGGCGUCCACAGUCCAAAAGAAACCGUUCUUGAAAAGGAAGCACGAUCCCGCUCCCCGAGAUACCAAUGUCCUAACUCCAGCAGUCCAAGCACAAGCCGUCACUCAGAUAAUAAAUAAACCUGCUGCAUUGCUACCAAAUGUUCUGCACUCCAGGCCUGACCCAUUAGGCGGCUGCUGGAAGCUCACCCUAGACAAAGUACCUCCGCCUGGUGUCAAUCUUGUCCUCCUUGUGCCCGUCGCCCCUGACGUCUCACAAUUCCAAAGCCCAGCAAAUCCUCAAAAGAUAGUUUGGACAAAUGUUGAAGAUGCAGCAUGUGAACCACUGGAUUUGUCCCAAAAAAAAUCCGGUCCAACACAGAGUGAAGUUCCGCCCCCUGCGAUUAAAAGUGAACCAUUGGAGGUUGACUUCACCGGAGAGGCGCAGGGACAAGAAUUAGUUAACCCCACUGUUGUGGAUCAUUCGUACUGCACACCAAGCGACAUUAAGAAAGAGCCUGCUGAGGGAAAUUAAACCAAGAGUUUGCCUUUUCAUGACUUGCUUGUGCUUUAUGGAGACAUAAACACAACGUCUGGACAACACACACCACAAAGGAGAUGAGAAUAAUGUAAUGUCAAUGAUGAAAAUAAAAACAUUCCUUUUUUGGCACA